ACCCUUGCAACUGGUUCCAUUUCCCUCCACACCAUCUCUGCACAGCAUCGCUUUAAAUUAAUAUAUAGCCUAUAUACUUUUUUAAAUAACCUUUGCAUAUCGUGUCCAGUUUUGGUUUAUUUUGGGACUUAUUUUUGGCUUAAAGGCAUUACAAAUCGUGGAACUGUUUUUGGAGACCAUAUAUGUGUUGAAGAUUUUAUUAAAAGGAUUUUCAUUUUUAAAAGGAAAAUCUUUAAAAAAAUUAACAAAAAAUUAUUAGUUCCAUGGACUGUGAACGUUAGUAAAGUACAAUCUUACCCCUCUGCUUAAAGUUGCGAGAAAAAAGACGGUCAGACCGUCUAUGUUCAAGAAACAGAGCCUCUUAGCGGAAGCAAAGAAAGCGUCACCAACAAGAACCGUGACCAUCCUUUGUGACUGACGCCUCCUGGACACAUCUGCCGGGAGAAAACAUUUCCAAGAAUUUUGAGAUAAUGUGAAACGCCGCAUAGCAUUUUUCACUGUGUUUUUGGUGAUCUAGCGAACCAACUUUCUGGGGAAAAUGGCGAGCUCUUUGUCGAAUAUGUCUCUUGCCCUAGUUUUGCUUGGAUUUUUGAUGUACACAUUUCCCCUUGUCAUGGGAGAGCCGGUGGAACAAGAAGAUGAGGAGCGAUCUUGUCAAGGAGCUUUCGACUUGUACUUUGUCCUCGACAAAUCUGGAAGUGUCAAACACCACUGGAUUGAGAUCUACUCAUUUGUUGAACAUCUGGCUGAGAAAUUCACUAGUCCAAUGUUGCGGAUGUCCUUCAUUGUGUUCUCUACUCGCGGGAAUACUAUAAUGGAACUGACUGAGAACAGGGAUGAAAUACGAAAAAGGCUCAAUGUCUUGAGUAGAGAGAUACCUGGUGGCGAUACCUUUAUGCAUCUUGGACUGCAGAAGGCAAAUGAACAAAUACAAAGAGAGAACUUUGGUACAGCUAGUGUCAUCAUUGCACUGACAGACGGGGAGCUGAAUGAACAUCAACUCACAGACGCACAGCUAGAGGCAGAGCGGGCCAGAUCCUUGGGAGCCAUCGUGUACUGUGUGGGAGUGAAAGACUUCAAUGAGACACAGCUGGCCACCAUCGCAGACACCAUCGAACAUGUGUUUCCCGUGAUGGGUGGAUUCCAGGCCCUCAGAGGGAUGAUCGACUCGAUUAUCAAGAAGUCCUGCAUUGAGAUUUUGGCAGCUGAGCCCUCCAGUGUCUGUGCGGGAGAGUCAUUCCAAGUGGUAGUGAGAGGGAACGGGUUUUUGCAUGCCAGAAAUAUCGACCAGGUCCUGUGCAGCUUCAAGGUCAAUGACACAGUAACCAUCAACAGGAGACCUGCUGACAUAGAAGACACAUAUUUAUUGUGCCCUGCACCGGUAAUAGAGGAAGUUGGGAAGGUUGUCUACCUGCAGGUCAGCAUGAACGAGGGCCUAUCCUUCAUUACCAGCAACGUUCACAUCACCAGCACUGAGUGUUUUGAUGGCACCAUCCUCUUCAUCACCCUGUUGGUGCUCUUCCUCCUCCUGGCUCUACUCUUCAUGUGGUGGUUUUGGCCCUUGUGUUGUACUGUGGUCAUCAAAGAACCCCCACCACCCCCUCCCCCUGCACCAGAGUCUGACGAUGAGGACGGCAUGCCCAAGAAGAAGUGGCCCACCGUGGACGCGUCCUACUACGGUGGGCGAGGGGUCGGGGGCAUCAAGAGGAUGGAGGUCCGCUGGGGAGGGAAGGGCUCCACAGAGGAGGGAGCCAAGCUGGAGAAGCCCAAGAACGCCGUGGUCAAAAUGCCCGAGCAGGAAUUCGAGCCCUUCGAACCCAAGCCCAGGAAGGCAGGAGGCAGGAGGCAGGCCCAGGACAGGAAGUGGUAUUCGCCCAUCCAGGGGAAACUGGACGCGUUAUGGGCCCUGUUUCGCCGCGGGUACGACCAGGUGUCUCUCAUGAGACCCAAACCAGGGGAUCAGGGUCGCUGCAUUAACUUCACACGGGUGAAAGAAGAAGCAGCCAGGGCCCCACCCAAACCGAACUCUGCUCCGCCCCCGCCCGCGUACCAACCCCUGAUCCAGCCAACCUCGCCGCCUCCUCCACAGAACUGCCCGCCCCCAAUGGCUCCGCCCACAAGACUACCGCCGCCCAAUGGCCUGCCUCAUGGACCGCCCCCGGCCCGCACGCCCCCCGGCCCCCCCAUCCCACCCCCCUCGCGCCCCCCACCCUGCCCCGAAAGGAGGCUGUGA